CCGAUUGUCGGAUGGGCCACGUCCGGUUUUGCUGUCGUCCCGUAGCUACAAGCCGUACCGGUUUCAUCGGUUUUCGCGUGAUCCCGCGUGAUUCGAGUGCGUGUGCGUGUUUGUGAGUCGUGGGGAAGUGUUACACCGGAAGCUGCCGAAAAAAGUAUGUGUGGCAGGGCAAAGGGAGCGUUUGAGCAUGUUUGUCUAUUUCAUAUGCAUCACUGCUCGCGUAUUUCGUAUGUGUAAAAUUUCUACCGGAAUUAAAUUGAAGCUUGAUAGUAAAUAUUGAUUGCGAAGUGAGUUACCCACGGUAAAGUGAGGCUUAAACCGUACACACACACGAAGUGCAGUGAGUUAAACAAGGUCCGUCGUCGCAAAGUAAGAUCACUUUCGCUACCCCCCUCUGUACGACCUUGUGUGAAAUCCAGUGCUGAUAGUGCUUGUGUCGUUGUUUUCGACACCUAUGUCACCUGUACACGUGAGCACGAGACGCUAGGCGGCCUGGUGGCGUCCAACGGUUCAGUCGCUUUUUGUGGUUCUGACUCCCCGGCCCUGGCUACCGGAGGAUGCGCACAGUGGUGUUGAAUAAUUUAUGCAAUUACAGUUCCCAUCAGGUGCAGUUGCAGCAUCUUACCUGCACCGGCCACCACCAGCCGCAGUAACCGGCGCCGUCGUCGUCACCCAUGCUCGACUGGAGUCGUUGCGUGUCGUUACUAAAGCAGGCACGACCAUCACACGCUCAACAGUGAUCAUUACUGCAAGUCGGUCUGAAAUAUGGAUCAAUGGAUUUUUGGAGCACACAACCCAUCGUAACAAGGGCUCUUUGUGGCUGGGUACGAUGUUCCCGAACAAGUCAGGUCAAUUAAGUCAUCUGCAGAAAAAAAUAGCUCCACCGGCAGAGCUUCCAACACCAUGAUCGUAUCAAAUUAAUGUGAAGCUGUGCUGACAUGUACGUUAUGAAAACGGUUCAAAAUUUUGUAGCACUGUAUGUAGUCAGAUAAAAAGGGGAAGAAGCACCAAAAAACACCCCACUCAACAUAUUCAACGUUGCCAAAGCCGACUGCCGAACCGUUCGUCCACCAUUCAACCAACCAACAACGGUGCAACAAGCGCGCAAGGUGGCCAAGGAGAUGAGUGCAACCUGGCGUGCGGUGGUAUUCCUAGCGAUACUAUGGCGAUUUUGCUGCAAUAGAAAUCUGCUCGUACACUGCUGCCCACUAGAGUGUAUCUGUCUCUCACAAACACAGGUCAUGUGCAACACCGGUGCACUACGCGAGAUACCUCUGAAAGCCAUCCCGGUCACGGUGGAACAGCUAUCGCUCACCAAGAACUACUUCCCGAUCAUCAAAAGCGAUGCGUUUGGUGGGCUGCGAGCGCUUCGAAAGCUGUCACUCGAUGGCAACAACAUCACCACCAUCAAACCGUUCGCCUUCAGGGGGCUGCCCCGAUUGCGAGACCUCUCGAUCCAACACACCCCACUAGCGACGGUCGCUUCGUUCGCUUUCGCUGGGCUGCAGAACGUUUCCCAGAUACAGCUGUCGCACAACAAGAUCCUGCGCAUCGAAGGGUACGCGUUUGCCGGUGCCGUCAACAUCCGACAGAUCCAUCUAGCGGACAAUCCGACCGUCACGAUCGAGACGAAUGCAUUCUCUAGCCUUAGCAAUGUCGAUCGGCUUAUCCUACCUUCCGGCAUUCGGUCGAUCGAACCGGACGCUUUCUACGGGCUCGAAACGGUCGGCUACCUGAAGCUAUCCUUCAUGGACCUUGCCUCCCUGGUGCCGUACACGUUUCGGGGCCUAACGUACGUCAAGCUCCUCUCGCUGCAGGAAUCCGACCUCGGCAUUAUACGGGCCGGUGCCUUCGAGGGUCUGGUACACGUCGAGCUGCUCAACAUUCUCAACAACAAGAUCGACGCGAUCCAGGAGCUCAACAUCACCGCCGCCAACCGGAUACGGGUGCUGCGGAUACAGGGUAACCAUCUGCUCGAAACACCCGACAGUGGAUCGAUCGUGCUGGAGGGCAUCGAGACGCUGCAUGUAAAUAGCAACUACUUCCCGUGCGGGUGCCACAUCCACACGCUCCUAGAUAGCCCGCUGGCGAACGGUAGCUACACGUCGCACGGUGGCGCACCGAGCGGAGAUUUCCUGUCGAAGAACUACUGCAUCUCGCCGCUCGAGGUGAACGGACUGCCGAUGAGCUCGAUCGAUCUCUACUCGAUCGGACGCUGUCUGGAGCAGGUGACGCGCGAAAAUCUCGAAGCAUCCAAUGCCGCCACCCCGAGCGUCUGGCGAGGGAACUCCUGGCACUGGUGGCAACAGUGGAGCGGUGAGGAUUAUACACGGGCCCACGAAAAGACGCUCGUUUCGGCCGUCUCAUCGGCGGUGCGGUUCCUAACGGCAUCACCCCUGACGUCGAUGCUACUUGUUGGAUGCUUUCAAAGUUUUAGUAGCAAAAUCAGUUGAAUGUAACCUACGCGUGUAGUUUCCCGUAAUGCGGCGGUUUUUUUUUUUGGGUUAUGGUUUUGCUUCCGGGGAGAUGCUUUCCUGGAUAACUGUCACAGUGUAUCGAUACGUCUAGAAUAAAUAAUUACAAACCUAGCACCAAACAGGCUCUGUCUUCAUUCGCCUACAAAUAUGCCUCGAAUCGAUGAUCUUCCGGAUUGCUGGAGGGUUCUUGUGGAUCAGUUUAUUAGGUGAAGAAUCAUUCUUGAAGAGACUUCUCUCUUGCUAUAAUUCCGUUGGGAUUAUUUUAAAAAACCUCUCAACAUUUCGUGUUAUGGGUAUUGCAUAAUGUCAGGCGCAAAGAGUUGUCAUAUCGUGCUAUUCAACAUAUUUUGAUUUUUACAAAGCAUUCAAGGUGAUGCUUUAUUGUCAUUUUGCAUCUAAAACAUAACCUUCAGUGCCAUCGUCCAUAUAAACGUUCCGAUUGAUUACGAUUCUCUGGCUUCGCUACCCUUUUAACAUUCCAAUUAAAAUGGACGGCUACCACAGAGACAGCAUUCAGCCACCUUUGCGGUUGCUUGUUGUGCUAACAUUUUAUUGUGUGGUUUUGUCCCCCGUGUGCCAAACCUUAUUUAAACCCUCUUCCACAAACAUUCUGCUGUGCGCUUUAAAACAGCAACAACAAAAACAUCGCACAAAACCCAAAACACUUCAUCACAAUGCGUUUAUUUCGGUGGUUUUUGUGGGUGACCGUCCCUUUUUUUUCUGCGGGUCGGCACAGUGAACCGAUGAUGUUCGGAUGCCAUUAUUAUUCAAUUCCACACAUCGAAGGGAAGCGUCUAAUAUUUAUCAGUUCUCGGGUAAGCUACGCAACAGUGCGAGUCUGUACCGCUUCUUAAUGCGAACCGAUCGUGGCACGUGCGGUGCACUGCGGAAGAGCACUGCAACGUUUCUAAAGUUUUCCCAAAAAAAAACUGACCAAACAAACACAGCAGCAUCCCAAAGCAUCGUCAACAAUAUGAAUAAAUGUGCGCGAAAGAAAAACAGGCAAUUUUCCACGCUCCGAAACAAAUGCACCAAACUCGUAACUGUACUAUCGACACCAUCAUCAUCAUCAUCCUGCUGGCCAUCAGCCCACUAAACCUAGCCUAGCAAUCGUGGAGUCCGGCAUUUUUCGUUUUCCUCCCCAUUUUUCCAACACCAACUGCAAAACUGCAUUAUCAUCAUCCACAUCAUCAUUAGCAUCAUCAUCAUCAUCAAUUUCCGUAUACACUGCAGCGUGCCAACGCAUCGUUGGAUGCACAUUACUCUGCUACACUGUGCAGAAAACUCAGCACACACACACAAAAACGCUUUGUGCCGCAGGCGGGGCUUUUCGAAAGAUUUUUCCGCUCGUUGAAUAAAUUAGUUUUGCAGCAGUUUUCUUGUGGGUUUUGCUCGUCGGGUUUCUCGGUUGAGCGUGGGACUAUCCUUAAUGCUUGGUGUUGGUUAGCAUCGUCUUGCCCACGUUCGUACGGAGCCAGUGGCCGGCGGCCGAUACACAGCAUGUGAUAUUGUGUCUGUGUGUAACUGUUUGCUCAGUAGAUCAGCUCGAGUAAAUGUGGUGGUACAUAAUAAAACAUCGAACUUUAAUCGCUUGUGCAUAUGAGUUGUUUACGAUGAGUUGUUUGAACGCUUUACUUUAAGUUUACUUUAGACGAUAGGUUUCAACACAAAAUUUUCUUCGGAAGAUUGAAACUGACACCUAAAUAAGUCAACUCCAUGGUAACUAAUUUUCAGUAAGCUCACCGUAAACGACCUAAAUUUCGAUUGACCCUACGAACAGUUACACUGGCGCUAUACGCUCUCGACCUGCGAGUGACACGAACUGUCAGCAAUAUUUCGCCAUCCAUCUGCCCAGUUGCGCUGAUUCACUGCCCCCAGACUUCACCGCUGAUCGUCAUUUCCUCGUCAAUGGAGUUUCUAAUUUGACGUUCGAAACUUUUCGAACAGCGUAUUGCUUUCAAAAAAUCUCUGUCUCUCUCUCUCUCUAUCUCUCGCUCUGUCCCCAGUGCCCUGAAAAUAGCUCGAAAAAUAAUAGAAAAAAAAAGAUCAACAUGGCAGAAAACCUGUCUAGUUUUUUAUCAAACAGCAUCAGCUUUGAAAGCUGAAAAUAGAUUGUCCUUUCCCGGGCUUGUUUUCCAUCAGUUGUCAAUUAGCGAAGAUGUAAUGCAGCACGGUAAUGCAAGGUUUGGAAGGAACACGAUUUCACUCUCUUCUUGCGUUUCGAGCCACUGCACUCGGCGCGGUUUUGGGAACAGCAAUGUUUAAUAUUAGUGUAAAUCUACCGAUAGUAGCGCGGAAAGCGUAGCAUUGCAAUUUACUUAACACACUGCAUACACACACACUAACCCCUGUCUCACGUAGGCUUAUCGCAUUCUAGCAAACAGACACUAUGGCGAUCAGUAGCUGCAGUAGUGCAAUAGCGUAGUGCACCAUUGGUCUGGAUAAAGUUUAUGUAAAUAGUACGAUAUAAGGCUUCGAUAGCGAAUGUGUAGUUUAUAAGAGACAGAAAUCCAACAGAUGCAAAAUACAGUAUUUUACAGCGAAUGUCUCAAAAUCAUCGACUUCAAAGAUUCAAUACUCAUUUUCCAGCCGGGUGUAUGUUGCCAACUAACCGAUGCGUGGCAAGCGAUGUGGAAUUGAGCUAAGAUUUAUUGUUAAUAUUGUGCUGUGGAUGUAUCGAACAUAUACCGAGGAAUCUGGGGAUUCUGAUCUGCAAAACUUAAAGCUCGCAGAUGCACACUGCCAUGAGUGUUUUACAAAGUAUCGCAAAACAAAACAGCAACAAAAAUACAUCGUCAAUCAAAUCCAAUAAUUGAACAUUUCAGAUUUUCUAUUGCAUUUUUGUUCAACAACAAACAGAUAUGGGCACAUCAUUAGUUGACACAUUAUUUAACAAAUAAGAUUUCUUAGUAAUUAAACUAAAACACAAAUUUUAUUAUGAGAUUUUUUAAUAUAUUUUAGGCCUUUUUCUUUGAUAUUGUUCCAUUCAUUACCAAGCAUCAGAAUUCUGGCUAGGAUCCAUAUCUAAACCUUUGGCAAAUCGAAAAUCUUUUAGGCGAUGGAAAGAAACCUUUAUUUUUGUUAAUAUUAAACUAACAAAGCAAAAAACGCAUCAGCAACGCAAAACGCAAAACGCAUAAAGCAUCAGUUCUACUGAUGACUUCAAAAAAUAAUUAAAAAUAAAAACGAUCUAUCAAAAUUAUACUGGCAAAAGAAACAAAACCCAAAAUGAACACGUUAAACUUCUUUAACUCUACAGUCUACAGGGAUGGGAUGCAAAACAAAAAACAGAACCAAAAAAUUAUACUAUAGCACGCAGGAGAAUGCAAAGAGCGGAUCAUUAAGCAUAUUAUUACCAAACUAGCUGGGCUGCAAAAACGCGGGGAAUUGUACAGACAGGAAGAAUAAUUCACCAAUACACGGAACGCAAAAAGGGCACAGGAUGCAAACAGAACGUCCGGGAAGGGAUAUGCAAUCAGGCAAAAUCCGGCGCUGAAAAUAUGGAAUACAAACACAAUGUUAAGGGCAUUUAAUUAACCUUCUUUGAGUCAGCAGAUUCAUGCGAAUUGAGCAAUUACCAGCGAUUAAUUUAAAAAAAAAUUAUACGCAUUUGUUAAAUACGAAAGAACGGAUUUUUAGCCAAUGAAAAUUUGUAAUGAAUUAUUUUCUUUAUUAAAAGCAUCGAUAUAAAUUUGUGAUUAUGCCAUCAUAUUAAAAAAAAUCAAAAUUAAAUAAUAACUCAAACAUAUAAUUUAAAGAAAAUUGCCAAAAGGAGCAAAAUAUCUUGAGGAAAACAAAAAGUUUAAUAAACUCAUUUAUUUAUACGAUCAAAAGCAACAAAAAAAACUUGCAAAAGUGAUCAGAACUUUAUCCCAUUUUUUUAUUUAGGUUAAAUAUAUUUUUAGUUAUUGGAGGUGUUAAACAAACCUCCGAGAAACAGUAAACGCCAUACGCCACUGCAAAUAAGAUAGAUUCGAACCCAGAUUCGAAUCAGCUGUACAUGGCCGCCAUAAACGUAAGGUAAGCAGCGUACUCAACUACAUAUAUGCAAGUAAAAACCAUAUCAGCAGCAAAGCGAAACAAAACACAAAACGCUCAAACAUACAUAUUACAAAACCGAGAGCCGGGAAAAGCCCGUUUUCCGUGAUCAGAAAUGGAUGACAGGUCAACAAACACAAACAAAGCGCGACAAACAAGCUAACGUACAAUAAACGUGAUGAUUAAACUAUCAAACCAAACCAUCACAAUUGCCAAUGGGUGUGUGUGUGCGUGCGUACGUAAAGUAUAUGGAAGUGGAAAUGAUUAUACGAAAAGGGGCUUCAACACACACACACAACCACUUGAACAUGUGUUGAGUUUGUUAAGAAGCACCAAACAAGCAGAGUAAAUCAAUGUAACUUUACCAUGUGGUUGUAGUUAAAUAAAUUAAACGAAAUGUUUUAUAUAAAAUACCA